AUGCGCGGUUUCUUACAUGGCAGUAAGGUGAUUUUCCAGGAGCGAGGCAUUCGCGGCUUUUUCCAGGGAUUUGUGCCUACAACGGCCAGGCAGGCAGCCAAUUCGGCGACAAGAUUUUCGAGUUACACCAUGUUGAAACAGCUGGCGGAGGGCUACGUUGCGCCGGGUGAAAAGCUAGGAACUGCAAGUACCUUUGCCAUUGGUGGCAUUGCGGGUCUUAUAACGGUUUAUGUCACUCAACCUCUUGAUACCGUUAAAACCAGGAUGCAAUCGCUUGAGGCGAGCAAGAACUACAAAAACAGCUUCGUCUGUGCGGCAAGAAUCUUCAAAGAUGAGGGGGUUUUUACGCUGUGGUCAGGAGCCAUGCCCCGACUAGCAAGGCUAAUAAUGAGUGGAGGAAUAGUGUUCACGAUGUAUGAAAAGACGAUGGAGGCGCUGGACACCGUCGACCCGGAGAGAAAGUAUAUCUAA